AUGGCGUCCUCAAUGACUGCAUCACAGACCGAGAUGGAGGCGGCGAGAUUACCGCUCGGAUGGAGAGAUCAAUGCUCAGCCCUCCUCAUCCCACUCAACAAAUGCCGCCACAAGGAGUUGUACGCACCAUGGAAGUGCGAGGAUGAGAGACAUGGGUACGAGAAGUGCCAAUACGAUGACUACAUGCGUCGAAUGAAGCUCCUUAGCAAGCAGAAGAAGGCAGCAGCGGAAUCAGCAGCGGAUGAGGAAUAG